GGUGACGUGGGAGCCAGUGGAGUCCUCCGACCUGGCUAUCAAGGUCGUCCGCCACAGCUACUAUGUCUCAGCGUCCUGGACUGCUUACAAGCCAUUCGAGAUGGUGGCCGUCCGACGGGGCGAGCUCUACGAGACCACCGUGAGGAUAGGCAUCCACGGCAUCGAAGAGUUUCAGUUCAUGCGGGACGCGGAUGUCUUGCAGGUCAUCCACCCCGCAGCCAAGGGAGGCGGAGCGGUCCAUGGGCCAGACUCUCAAGCAGCUGGGAAGUACUGGCGGAUCAGUGGUAAGACCGGGGAGCCAUGGACAAUCCAGCUCCAGGUGACUCCCGCCGCGAUCACCAUUACAGCCACAAGCCCGCGGGCAAAGGCCAUCUGGUCGAGCAAGAAGCCAUCGAG